AUGAUGGAAGAAGAAUAUGUUAUGGUGAAUGGCAGAAAAACUGUAAAUUGCUCAAUCCUAACUAUAGAUUCCCCGAAAGAUGUAUCAAGGCAAUAAGAUCUACAAUGGCAUCACAUUGAACUUACAUUACUCCAUAGGGUAUUAAUGCAUGAGAGAUAUCGUUUAGUUUGAAGCAAAGAAUCCAAUCGUUCAUUUACCAAGAAGACUCCUUGGUGUAUCUGAAUGGUCAUCAUCUGGUGCUCUACGAUAUAAACAAGAAGAAACAAUAAUUCUUAUUGCGACCGAAGGAUGAGGAGGAUGUAAAUAUAUGCAACUUAAUUUCAGGUGGUAGUGAUGAAUCAUUGUGUGAAUGAUAAGAUGAUACUCUCUGUUGGACUGGGACUGAAGAGUACUAUCAAAAAUUAUGCAACUGUUAGAAUCUAUAAAACCAAUCACAAAUCCUUCACUCUCCUCCAUUAGCAUCUUCCUUUUGGAACUCAAGUCAAGGAUAUCGCCUUUCUCCACACUGCCAAAUAUACUAUCACUCUUUGCUGCAAUAUCAAUUCUCAUGACACCUCCUACAUCAGUGUUUUCAAAACCAACACUGAAUAACUCAUUACUUACAGCGAUGUGGGUGAAAAUUACGCUGGACUAUUUGGAACCUACAAGGAUUUCGAAUAGUUUGGCACAUUCGGACCCAACGUAUUGAAAUUGUGGAAAUUCAAUCCAACUGAAAAACAAUUAGAUGACGUCUUCUUAGAUUACGAGGGUGUGAUCACUCAUGUAGUCCAAUCCAACAAGUAAUCAAUACUCCUUAUAACUUAAGAAAAAUAUUCCUCAUGAAUAAAAAAGGAGUCUUGUACUUUUAUCGCAAAAACAAAAUAAUCAACUCAGCCAACAUCCCUGCUGACAUGAAUGAGAUCCCCACUGUGAUUGCUGCCUACUCAGAAGGAGUUGUUGUGGGAUUCGAAAACAAACCCAUAAUAGCAAUGUACGAAGCACAUAAGGGCAUAAUCGAAUACAGAAAACAAUAUGCUUUAAAUAUUACUAAUCUCUAAAAACUAGUUUAUAUUCAUGUUGGAAAGGAUGACUCCUAUAUUUCCAUUACUGCAUAACACAAGACCAGAUAGACUGAAAAUGAAGAAAUCAAUUGUGAAAUCUACCUCUUCAAUCUCGGGUUUGUUGAUUAUAUCAAUUCGGCUUUUAGAGAUCCUUUUGAAUAACUCUUCCCUUAAGGAGUUCACAAAAGUAAAAUAUUGAACAUCGACUCCUCUCCUUCAAAACCCAUCAUUUGUGUGUUGUCUGAAGAGAGAGUGUUCAAAGUGUGGGAAUUCACUUACGAAGAAGGUAAAUUCAAGUGUCUCUACUCAUCCACUCUACACGAAGUUCCUUAAUGCAUGGCUUUGCAUCCCAUGGCUUUUCAAUGUGCCAUCGGAUAUCGAGAAGGACUCAAAUUUUAUUUUGUCCUCCAUGACGAACUCAAAUAAGUUUAUUAUGAAUCCUUAAAGCAAUGCAGUGUUGUUAAGUAUACUCCUGGAGGCAAUCAACUGGCUGUUGGAUCUCAGAAUCAAAUUCUAAUUUAUGAUCCAUACACGUAUCGAUUGAUACAAACAAUAUCUGGUCACAUGGGCUCGAUUGCAUCAUUGGAAUGGUGUGACAACACUCUCAUCUCCACUUGUAGUUAGGGAUUGGUCAUGGUGUUCAAUCAGACUAGGCUGGUUGAUCAUUCAUUCAAAUUACACAAAGGGUUUUGCUAGACUUAUGACACUGAGUAUGAUUUCCUUGUUGGAAGCUAUUCUGAUAGCAAAGUGAGAAUCUUUAACGAGAAGGGACAGAACUUAUAUUAUGAAAUGGAUAUCUAUCCCUGUCAAUAUGUUUGUGUUUAGAUUCUCAGAUUCCUGGACAUGAUUGCAUUUGGAACUAAUUGCGGUAAGGUGAGAUUGUAUCUAUGGCCUUUUACUCAAUUCAAGGAUGAUCAGGAGAUGUUUGAAUUCCAACUGCAUCAGGGACCAAUAACAUAAAUUAGAAUGUCUUCGGAUCAACAGUUCCUCAUCAGUGGAGCCGAAGAUGGGUCAAUUUAGAUUUGCAAGGUCAAAGAGUGGUACGAUGGAAAGGACAUGACACCUCAGGAAACAUAGAAAGGAUAGAGAGUUAAUUCCAAAGGGCUGAUCGUUUCCAAUCUAUACAGCUUUAGUAUCUUAGCCUUUGUGAGUAAGAAUAGCAUUGAGAUGAAGAAGGAUCUAAUCAAGGAGUUAGACUUUAGGAUCUCUAAUCAAAAGAGUGAUCAAGAGGAUUAAAAGUAGGAUAUUACUUAGAAGUACCAAAAGUAAGAGAAGGAAUUAGAAUAGCAAUAUUAGCACUAGAUUGCAAGGUACAAGGAAGAGUUAUCAUAAAUAAUGGAAUCGAAGGAUACGAGAAACAAAAAUCUAGAUAUUGAUUUGAUUGAUUUGAGAAAAAAGUAUCAAAUUGAGUCACACUAAAUUUAAGAAAAGACAGAGAAGGAUCUCUUGUAAUUGUACUAGAAGAAUGAUGAAGUUAAAUAGAGGUUGCAAUUCACCAAUGAGGAGAAUCAAAGGGAAUACGAGUAGAAGAAGGCUCAUUUAGAAUCUAUUAGAACCAAUAUCAAGAAUGAUUAGGAUACUAAGUUUAAUGAUUUAUUUUCAAGAUUUUAAUCAUCCAAGGAAUCUUUUGAAUUGGAUGAAAAGAAGUACUUGGAAGUGUUCAAAGAGACUGAAAAAGAAUUUGAAUAAUUGAUAAAUGAAUAGAAGGAGAAGAAACUAAUUAAAUUAAAGGAAUUGUUAGACAAAAGUGAAAAAAUAAGAUCCAGUAAUACCAAAUUUAAAAAAGAGUGCGAUAGAUAUCAAUUGAGAAAAUAAGAAUUAGAAAAUAUGAUAAGAGAAACAAGAACUUAAAAGGAUUUAAUUAAUAAGGAAAAAGAUAAUUUUAAAUUAAUAAAUUAAGAGAAGAAAAACUAAUUAAAGGAAAGAGAAAGACAAAUCUUUUAGAAGGAGAAGGAAAUCAAAAAUUAUAGAAAUAAAAAUGGGCAUCUAUAAAAUUUUAAGAAUGUCAAUUCGUAUCGUUUGCAAUCCUUGUAAGAACAAAAAGCACCUCUUUAAGAACAUCUAUCGGAUUUAGAUUAGAAUGUGAAGAUUAUGUACUAGGAAUUGACUGAUGAGGCAGAAGCUGAAAAGAAUUUAGAGAAUUUAAUAGAAGAUACUUCUAAUAAAAUCAGAGAAUUAAAAAAUCAAUAUCUAAUUAAAAGAGAUUCCUUAUUCUCUAAAAGAGGGGAAGUGCAAGAAAUAGAAAAUGAUAUCUUCAAAGUAUUGGCUGAUCCUGAAAUAACUGAUUUUAAAGAUAUGCUAAAGAAUGUUCAUAAAUAGCAUUUCAUAAAUGGGAAGAUUAACAAAGGGGAUGUUAAUGAGGAUUCCAUUUACGCUGAGAUCGAAAAGAACACAGAAACUGCCAUCAGAGAAGAGAUGCUUAGACAAAGAGAUUUCCUUAGUAAAAAGAUCAACACAAUCACCAGAACUAGCAAAGCUGCAGAUGAGGAUAAAACCAGUCUCAUUAUUAGAGUUUAAAAGGAGAACACCAAUCUAGUGAAGUCUUGUAACGAACUCAGAGAAUAAAGAGCCAAUCUCAUCUCUCAUCUGUCUAAUAUGCAAAAAGCCUUAGAUAUUUUGCAGAAGGAAAUUGCUUCUUUGAAUAAUGGUGAGUCUAUUGAGUUCUAACCAUCGGAUGACGAAGUUCCUCUGUACAUAGAGAAGAAUAAGAUACAGAAGUAGAUUUCAGCUCCAAAAUUGACUCCGUUUUAAUAAUAUCACUAAGAAAAGGAAAUUUAAAAAAUCAGAAAAUCUGAUACAGUUCUGAAAAGGGAUAAAGGAUAAUUGGAUCUUUAAUAAUUGAUCAAAGAAAUUAAGACUUAUAAUUUGACUGACCAAGAACUCAGAGUAAUAAUAUCUAUAUCAUUAGGAUUAAGUAUAGCAAUUUUUAAGAAAUGAUGAAUCUUCAUCCAUCCUACCUUAGAUUCUAAAAUACCCAUUCAAUUCGUCUCAAGAGGAAACCCAAUUAGCAGGCCUAGAACAAUCUAUCAUCAACACGUCUUUAGAAACACAAAAACUUCAAUUGCCAUUAAUUAAACAAUGA